GCUAGCACACAAGUGUCCCUACAUCAAUACAGCGGUGGCAAGCGACACAAACACGCAGGAAAACACGGCGCGGAUUUUACAUGGCACUCUGUCCGCGAUGGAGGAGUGACCUACUGGAGGUACCUUGGAGCGUGGAGGCAUACAAUGUGAAUGCAGCUUCAAGCUCAUGCCGUGGCAACGGUCCACAAACCAGUUGUUGGUGCUUUGGUUUGAUGACACCUUCACAGUCAACUUCAUGGCCACAAACUGCAAGGACAUUGUGAGUGCCACUAAAGAUGUCUGAUAGUGUUGAUAUUGAAGAGAAACCACCAGCCCCCCCCUUGAGAAUGAACAGUAGUUCCCGAGACUCUUCGUCAUUGAAUCACGCCUCUAAACCACUUCCAAUGGCUCCCGAAGAGAAAAACAAGAAGGUCCGCCUGCGCUCCAUCUUCCCCGGGGGAGAUAAGACAAACAAGAAGAAGGAGAAGGAACGUCCUGAGAUAUCCCUACCCUCAGACUUUGAACACACCAUUCAUGUUGGCUUUGAUGCUGUAACAGGAGAAUUCACAGGAAUCCCAGAGCAGUGGGCGCGGCUCCUACAGACCUCGAACAUCACCAAGCUGGAGCAGAAGAAGAACCCACAGGCCGUGUUGGACGUCCUAAAGUUCUAUGACUCCAAAGAGACCGUCAACAACCAGAAAUACAUGAGCUUUACCUCUGGAGACAAGUCGGCACAUGGGUACAUAGCAGCAAACACUCUGAACCGACUGCUGUCAUCUGGGCCUCCUGUCAGCCUUAGAACCUGCAGCGCAUUAUUUGACAAGGGUGCCAAAACAUCAUCAGAGCCCCCAAUUGCUCCACCUGUAUCAGAGGAGGAGGACGAGGAGGAAGAGGAGGAGGAGGAGGAGGAGGAAGAUGAGGAUGAUGACGACGAAUUGCCCCCGGUCAUUGCACCUCGACCUGAGCACACCAAAUCUAUCUACACACGCUCUGUCAUGGACCCACCAAAGCCUCCCACCCCUGUGAAAGAAGUGUUGACUCCUCCGGAGUCGCAGGUCCAGCCGGAGAACACGUCCAACACAAUGUAUCGCCACACUGACCGCCAGAGGAAGAAGUCCAAAAUGACAGAUGAGGAGAUUCUGGAGAGACUCAGGAGUAUUGUUAGCGUGGGGGAUCCCAAAAAGAAGUACACACGCUUCGAGAAAAUAGGACAAGGAGCAUCGGGCACUGUGUACACUGCCAUCGACAUAGCAACUGGCCAAGAGGUGGCCAUUAAGCAGAUGAACCUGCAGCAGCAGCCCAAGAAAGAGCUGAUCAUCAAUGAGAUCUUGGUGAUGAGGGAAAACAAGAACUCCAACAUCGUGAACUACUUGGACAGUUACCUGGUGGGAGAUGAGCUAUGGGUGGUGAUGGAGUAUUUGGCCGGUGGCUCGUUGACAGAUGUAGUAACUGAGACCUGCAUGGACGAGGGCCAGAUUGCUGCGGUCUGCAGAGAGUGUCUUCAAGCUCUGGACUUCCUACACUCCAACCAGGUGAUCCACAGAGAUAUAAAAAGCGACAACAUCCUCUUGGGUAUGGAUGGAUCCGUCAAGCUUACCGACUUUGGCUUCUGUGCCCAGAUCACUCCGGAGCAAAACAAGCGCAGCACGAUGGUGGGAACGCCCUACUGGAUGGCACCAGAGGUGGUGACUCGAAAGGCUUACGGCCCAAAAGUGGAUAUCUGGUCUCUGGGAAUCAUGGCGAUAGAGAUGGUGGAGGGAGAACCGCCCUACCUGAAUGAGAAUCCACUCAGGGCGCUGUACCUGAUAGCUACCAAUGGGACUCCAGAGCUGCAGAACCCAGAGAGGCUGUCAUCUGUGUUCAGAGACUUCCUCAACCGCUGUCUGGAGAUGGACGUGGACCGCAGAGGCUCUGCCAAGGAGCUGCUACAGCAUUCCUUCCUCAAGCUCGCGAAGCCUCUCUCCAGCCUGACGCCUCUGAUUGUAGCCGCGAAGGAAGCCAUAAAGAACAGCAGUCGCUAGGGAGUGCCCUCUGUCCACACCCAAGGCUGAAGACCUGCCUGCGUUGUGUGCAUUCAUGGGGGCAGGAACUUGGG